AUGAGUGUAAUCAGUGUUAUUAUACAGGAGGAAGAUGCAAGAAAUAGAAAGACGAAAGUGAUUGUCACAUUUGGAGUUUUCUUGAGCUGUUGCACUGGAAUCUUGAUUUUUCUCUUCUGCUUUAGAAAAAGGACUUUCUGGUACAAGUGCCUCAUGUUUUGGGAAUCUAAAGCUGAGGAUCACCGAAAUAUUGAAGCAUUUCUGAAGAACAAUGGGUCAUAUGCUCCAAAGAGAUACACCUAUUCAGAGGUCAAAGGGAUGACCACUCGGCUCAAAAAUAAAUUAGGCCAAGGAGGAUAUGGUAAUGUAUACAGCGGAAGUUUACAGAAUGGGAAACAUGUGGCAGUGAAGGUCCUGAAUGAGCUAAAAGGAAGUGGUGAAGAAUUCAUUAACGAGGUGGCGAGUAUUAGCAGGACAUCACAUGUUAACAUUGUGAGCCUUGUGGGAUUUUGCUUUGAGGGUCGCAAAAGAGCUCUAAUUUAUGAAUUCAUGCCAAAUGGAUCUCUUGAAAAGUUUAUCUAUGAGGAAAGAUCCGAUAGAGUUCGCCAAUUGGAUUGGCCAAUACUAUACUAAAUUGCACUAGG